GAUAAGCGCAUUUCUCUUGGUGAAAGUUGUAAAUUAAUUGCUUAAGUUACGAAUCAGAAAAAAUGUUGCUACAAGUGAUUGGCACCCUCGAGGAUCUCAUCGAUCAGUACAAAAUCAAUGUGAUUCAAUUGAUAUUCAUCACAUUCAUCAUAACGAUCGUCUUGCUGGGCAGUCUAAUGACGCUGCUCGAAUCUCAUCUGCCCAACUGCCUUCGUCAAUCAUUUCGCUAUGGCAAACAUGCCCACAAGGGCGCAACGGAUGCAAUUGUCAGCCAUUUGGAGGUGCCCAAGGCAUGGUUCAGUCAUUUCUACAUCUUUGCCUUGGCCUGGUCAAUGCUGGCGCUCUAUUUGAUCAGUAGCGCCGUCUGGCAUCAAAAUGGGGCAUCGGAAUACGUGCUCCGUUUCCUGGAUUUGAUGUGCGGCGGACGGAGUCAACGCCAGGUGCUGGUGGACUCGAAUACAGCGUUGCUGGGCUCAGCGCUGCUCGGCGUUCAAUGUCUGCGUCGCUUCUACGAAACGAACUUUGUGCAGAUCUUCUCCAGGCGCAGCAAAAUAAAUCUGUCCCAUUAUGCCGUUGGUUAUAUGCAUUAUUUUGGUGCCAUUAUCUCGCUGCUAGGCAAUACGGCGGGAUUUGUGCGUGGCACUGAACCGACACAGUUUACAUUGCAAAAUGUUACGCCCAUCCAGGGAUUGUAUACAGUUAUCUUUCUGUUUGCCUGCUGGCAGCAAUAUGCCAGCAAUUUGUUGUUGGUCAGACUGCGCCAGCAUCCGAAGACGGGCGACGUUCAAACGGAAGCACAUUUAAUGCCCAGUGGCGGCUGGUUUGAUUACAUCUCGUCACCGCACAUGUUCUUCGAGGUGGUCAUGUAUUUUUGCCUUGCGGAUCUCUUCACGCCCAUCAUCACAUGGAAACUGAUCUUUUUAUGGGUCGCCAGCAAUCAGACGAUUAAUGCCUUGCUCACGCAUCAAUGGUACAAGGACAGCUUCAAGGAUUACCCCAAACGUAGACAUGCCAUCAUUCCUUGGCUGCUCUAGGCUUGGCUUAACUUUAAUUUUUUUUAUGCGAACUUAAUUAAAUUAAAUUUUUUACCAGAUGAAAUAAUUACUGUAGGGUCAGCGAAUAUCGACGAAGUGCAACCAAGUAAUUGGGAAAAUAUAGAUAUAUAUAUGAAGUGUAGAUAUAUAUAUGA